AAAUACAUCCAUGCUCGUACAGAUCUGUUCUAUCAGAUAGAAGUUUAGAGAGAGAAACUUUCAGACUGAGAGAGGAGGAGGAGGAGGAGGAGGUGGUGGAGGAGACUAUGGAGGAGAAGUUGAUGCAGAGGUUGGAGUCGGCGGUGACGCGGUUGGAGGUGCUGUCCACAGGCGGAUUCCGGACGAGAGGUUCGCCGGAGAUUGACGGAGAUGCGGCGUCGAAGGAUCCAUCAAUCAUCGCGUUCGACGAUUUGAUGUCGCAAUACGUAGGUAGGGUUUCGAGUGCUGCGGAGAAGAUAGGGGGACAAGUUUUGGAUGCCACUAAGAUAAUUGGAGAGGCGUUCUCUGUUCAGAAGGAGCUUCUUAUUAAGGUCAAGCAAACUCAAAAACCUGACAUGACUGGUUUAGGAGAAUUUAUUAAACCAUUGAAUGAUGUGAUUAUGAAAGCGAAUGUGAUGACAGAAGGAAGACGGUCUGAUUUCUUCAACCACUUGAAGACCACCGCUGACAGUCUGACAGCGCUGGCAUGGAUCGCAUACGCAGGCAAAGAUUGCGGGAUGAGCAUGCCUAUUGGGCAUGUGGAAGAAAGUUGGCAAAUGGCUGAAUUUUACAGCAACAAGGUUCUUGUAGAGUACAGAAAUAAAGACCCAAAUCAUGUGGAGUGGGCUAAAGCUUUGAAGGAGCUUUAUGUACCAGGUUUAAGGGAUUAUGUGAAAACUCACUAUCCUUUGGGUCCUGUAUGGAGUGCCACAGGAAAAACAACUGUAUCUGCUCCCUUAAAAACUCCUACCUCAAUUGCUCCUGCUCCUCCACCUCCUCCGCCAGCUUCACUCUUCAGUUCUGAAUCUCCUCAGCCGUCAGCUUCACACCCAAAGGAAGGAAUGGCUGCUGUUUUUCAAGAAAUUGGUUCAGGAAAGUCGGUGACAGCUGGUUUGAGGAAAGUCACAGCUGAUAUGAAAACAAAGAACCUUUCUGAUAGAACUAGCGUUGUUACUGCUAGUGAAAAAGGUCAUGUUAGUUCCUCCUCAUUCUCUAAAGCAGGUCCUGCAAAGUUAGAGCUUCAAAUGGGUCGGAAGUGGGUAGUUGAGAAUCAAAUUGGAAGAAAGAAUUUAGUCAUUGAUGACUGUGAUGCAAAGCAAACAGUUUAUAUUUUUGGAUGCAAAGAUUCUGUUCUACAGAUCCAAGGAAAAGUUAACAACAUAACUGUUGACAAAUGCACGAAGAUGGGUGUUGUAUUCACGGAUGUUGUGGCUGCUUGCGAGAUUGUUAAUUGCAAUGGCAUUGAGGUGCAAUGCCAGGGUUCAGCUCCUACCAUUUCAGUAGACAACACUGCAGGGUGCCAAUUAUAUUUAAGCAAAAAUUCUUUGGAGGCUUCCAUAACAACAGCUAAGUCAAGCGAAAUCAACGUACUGGUACCAGGUGUUGAGCCUGAUGGUGACUGGGGGGAGCAUUCUUUGCCUCAGCAGUUUGUUCAUAUAUAUAAGGAUGGUCAGUUUGUCACGACUCCAGUCUCGCACUCAGGAGGGUGA